CGCGAUAUCGCGGAUCGACUUUGCCGGAAUUCGACUUCUGAGCACCUACAUCGCCUUGUCGCCCCUCAUGUUCCGGCGGCUUUACAGCUCGAUCCCGGAGCGCAUCGCCGAGGCCAAGCCGCGCGCGCCGACGCGCGGCCGCGCCCCGCGCCCCGUACGCCUUUCGAAGCGCAUCGUUGCGCCUUCACCGCGCGCCGAGCCCGCCACCCACGGCCGCCGCCUGCGGCGCGGCCAGCUCGCACGCACCGACCUCGUUUCGUCCCAGGGUCCCCGAUUCGAGCCCAUCACUCUCUACCCGCUGCAGGCGGGGCUGCACCUCGGGCUGACGCCCGCGCACAUGCCCCUCCCCCUCCCCCUCGGCAUCAAGGGGUACACGAGCCCAUCGUCGCGCUCACCCGAGGCGCUUUUCGAGAAGCCCGCACCCCCUAGCGCGCUCUCGGCGCUUGAGGCGAUGGAGGCGCCGACCUCCUCGACCGUCGGAGAACACCUGCGCGUGUCGCGCGCCUUCGCGCACCCUUCCCUCCGGCACCAUCUCGCGGCGCCCGGAGGGCCGAGCCUAUCGGCCCUUGGACUUGACGAGCACGUCACCUCCUCUCUCGACGCUGCGGCCACGAAGCACGCGCGUGCUGCCGAGGACGUGUGGCAGGCCGCGCUCGCGCGGCUGGGCGAGCGCCCGCCAGCGCCAGUGGAGGCCGCGGCCGACCCUAAGCUCGCGGACGCACUUGCCGGGCUCAACGGUCUUCUUGCCCGUCUUGAGAGCGCCGAGGACAUCGUCGUCGAGAUGGACAGCGUGAAGCGCAAGCGCAAAAAGAAGAUGAACAAGCACAAGUACAAGAAGCGCAGAAAGGCGACACGCGCCAUCCGCAAGCGUCUCGGCAAGUAGGCGCACUUUACACUAGCACCGAUCAUAUGCAUGUUUGCGACAG